UCUUAAUGCUUAGAAACCUCGACUUUUAUUAUUGGGGAGACAUUACUCCUGGAGUCGCUAAUUUGGCAGCAAGGCUGAAUACCAGAAUGAUCUCCUCCUACACAGGGCCAACCAGCCUCACCUUGGUGCAAGACAACGAACUCAUCAGUAACUUUCCAACUGAUGCUGUGUUUACUACCACAGUUGCCUACAACCUUGUUGCCUCUCAAGCCUAUGAUAUCGAAAUCGACUGGGUUGAUUACGGAGGACCUGGAGGCAUCACCCUCAAGUGGGACAUCGGCGCUGGCUCUGUACCUAUUCCUGCAGAGAGGUUUGCAAUAAAGUCUGAUGUAGGAAAUUCUCCAAUUCAGAUAUCUGUAGGAUGUCAAUCGAAAUAUGAGCAAACUCCUUCAACUACUGAUCAGUGCAGGCCUAAAUGAGGGGAUGGAUUCGUAGUUGGUACUGAAGCUUGUGAUGAUGCAAACACUGCCGGUGGAGAUGGGUGCAAGUCUGACUGCACUGGUGUAGAGACUAGUUGGGUCUGACCAGGGGGAACAACAAUGACUAAAAGUAUCUGAACUGAGUGCACACAAGGUUUUUACCAAAACGACCCAUCAAACCCAACUUACUGAGUAACCCAUUGAGGAGACGGAUAUAAAGUAGGCACAGAAGUCUGCGACAAUGCAAACACUGCUGAUGGAGAUGGGUGCAAAGCUGAUUGAACAACAGUAGAGUCUAGCUGGGCUUGUUCAGGAGGUUCAUCAAUAUCAAAAAGUGAAUGAACUGAAUGCACUUUGGGAUUUUAUCAGAAUUAUCCUUUAAACCCUACAGCAUGAAUUACUCAAUGAGGUGACGGAUAUAGGGCAGGCUCAGAACCUUGCGAUGAUGACAACACUAUUGAUGGUGAUGGAUGAUCUUCAAGUUGAGAUGAGGUUGAAAUUGGAUGGAGAUGAGAUCAAUCUAGUCCAACUCAAUGUCAACGAUACUAUAAAUCUAUCCCUUUAAGUGACCAAGAAAAGGCUAUGCAAGGCUCGAUGAUUUCAAUUAUUGCAGUUGUAGUAUCUCUCAAUAUCAUUGGAGGAAUGAUGAGUAAGUCAUCUACAAAUUCUGUAUUAUCUUCUUUAAACCAGCUCCAACUCUUGGUGCUUCUAUUGCUACUAGAUAUCUUUCUGCCUUUGAAAGUGACAAACUAUCUCAGGUCUUUGUCAUCAUCUUUAUUUAACAUCAACAUUGACUGGAGCUUUUUCAUCGUAUUCAAGAAGCUAGCUGAUUGGUUCGACUACCCUCAAGAGAGAGUUGACUUCGAUAUGAUAGAUAUCAGUUCUGGAAGCACGUUCCUCAACCUAAACAUACUAAUUGCAAUCAUGAUGGUAUUUAUUGUGAGCCAUCUUAUCUUCAUGCUACUCGAAAAAUGUAGCAAGAAGUCUAAUCACAUCAUCUCCAGAUUCUUCAGGAAGGUAUGCAGCGCCUUCACAUUCGGAAUGUAUGUAGUCUUGAUUUAUGAAGGAUUUAUCAACUUAUGACUGUGUGUAUUUUCUGAACUGAGAAGGUUUGAGGUAACAAACUCUGGUCCUGAGCAAGCUUCCUCCUACUCAGCAUUCUUCUUCUGUGCGUUCAUACUAGUGAUUUUCUGCACUGUGGUAGGAGUUUGGAUAAACACAAAAACCAUCAAAAAGAAGUUCUUACGACGUGAACUAUUUGAAGGGCUCAAGCCAGCCAGGAUGGCUAGGCUCCAUCCUCUGAUGUUCUUAUUCAGAAGGGCUAUCUUGUGCUUGAUGAUAAUCCACUUAAGAUACUUGCAGAGAUCUCUCUUCCUUGGACUUUAUUCAGUGGUGAACUUGGUCCACUGACUUAUGAUAUGUGCUAUUAGGCCAUUCCAGAAAGUCUCUGAAAACAUCACAGAGGUAGUCAAUGAGGUGUUUUACCUUGGAUUUUGCUCAUUCCUCUUCUUCCAUUGCAAGGAAACAUACUGGAACAAUACAAAAGCUUCAAUUUAUUACUGGGUGUUGGUCUCAAAUAGUAUUUUCAAUGCUCUUUUCUCAAUAACUGUCUUUAUUUACACAGUUAUUAAGAAGAGUAAGAACGCCGCAAUAGAUCCAGAUCAAGGUGCAUACAACAAUCUUGAAGCGAAUCGAGAGCAAAUAAGUUUUAGUCUCCAACAGAUCUCCUACUAAGCUAGAAAGAAUGGAUCGACACCGUGCAUGCUCUCUCAGAGGUAACAAUAGGAGUAGGUUUCCCUUUGCUAAUUCAGCUAUUUUUCACCAGACCAGCUAGAAUCUGCGAGAGAAGCUCUAGAUGUACGGUGCUAACAUUAAGCUGGACAGUUAAAUUGAAAUUCCUCAACAU